AUGACCCUGCAGGAACUCAGCCUCUUUUGCUUACUUUUAUUAUCAGUGUCUUUGUGUGACGGUAAACUGCAGUGUAAGGAGGGGCACAGCGGUCCGACCCAUGAGUCCAUACAGGCUGUGUUUGACCUCCAGUCAUUUCGACCUGCGGUGAACCUGAGCAACCCCACCGUCACCAACAUCUCGUUCACGCUCUACGCAGUCCUGGGAGUGAACGAGAAAGCACAGAUUCUUACUACUUUUCUCUGGCUUAGACUGUACUGGUUUCAUGAGUUUCUCAUAUGGGAUCCGGACGAGUGUGAUGGUGUUACCAAAAUCUCUCUCCCGGUGAAGCAGUUGUGGUCUCCAGACAUCAUCGUUUAUGAGUUUGUGGACGAUGAUGUGUCUCAGGCCUGUCCCUUUGUCUACGUCAACCACACGGGACAUAUCCGCUGGGACAGGAUGCUUCGGCUCGUCUCCGCCUGCAACCUGAAGAUCUUUAGUUUUCCUUUUGACGUUCAGAACUGCACCUUUACCUUUGGCUCUUACAUGCACACCAUCCGAGAUGUACGAGUCAGCCCUGCUCUCACCUUUAAGGAGAUGUCUGGAAACUCCAAGCGUUACCUGGAGGCCAGUGGAGAGUGGGAGCUGGUGAACAUUCUGGGCGAGACCUCCAUCCUGCAGUUUGGCAUCGACGAGUGGGACAUCAUAACCUUUUGGGUGGUGAUCAAACGUCGCCCGAUUCUGUACGUGGUAAACCUCCUGAUCCCCAGCUCCUUCCUGAUGAUCAUCGACAUCUUGUCCUUUUACCUGCCUCCGCACAGUGUGGACCGCGCCUCCUUUAAGAUGACCCUCAUCUUGGGCUACACCGUCUUCCUCCUCAUCAUGAACGACCUGCUGCCCAGUACAGCUAAUGGCACACCCAUAAUAGGUAUCUACUUUUCUGUUUGUCUGGCUCUGAUGGUGAUAAGUCUGCUGGAAACUGUAAUCAUCACCAAUGUUCUCCACCACAACUCCAUGAAAUACAAGGAGGUGCCAAACUGGGUCAGAAUAGUUGUCCUCAAACAUAUCGCUCGUCUCAUCUGCUACCGCUGGCUAGAGGAUGAAGCACCUGCCACAAAACAAGAAGAAGGAAAAUCGAAUAAUCUUAACUGCACAUCGCCGCCAACUGUCACCCAAACAGAAAACAACGUGCCCGUCCCACACUCAACGAGCAAUUAUGGAGGUAACUGUGUUUCCCUCCCUGAGCUGCAGCAGAUCUGUCAGUACGUGGGGGACCUGAGAGCACACCUCCAGUCUCUGCAGAAGGAGAGCGAGCUGCAGGGCAAGUGGUGUCAUGUGGGCUACAUCCUGGACUUCCUCCUCUUCAGAAUCUACCUCCUCCUCAUCUCCUGCUACGCUAUGGUCAUCAUCUGCAUGUGGUGCAUCUGGAUAAGCCAGGAUUAG